AUGUCCCAAUUUGACAAACAUGUCACCAUUCACCACCAACCUUCAUAUCCUUCCCCAGGUCAUCCCACCGUGUCAAAAAAGUCACCAUUCACCACCAAACUGCAAUCUCCCCAUCGAUUCCCAACCCAACAGUCACCAUUCACCUACCACACCUUGUCUAAUCUCUUUCAGUCAUCCCAACCCUUGUCCAAACAGCUCCAACAUUCACCACCAACGUCUUUUCGGUCAUUCCCCAAACCUGUCAAAACAGUCACCACCUUCACCACCACCUGUCAAUCUCACACCAGUCAGUUUCCCAAUCCUUGCCGCAAACGCGUCACAGUUCACACCAAGCCACCUGUCAUCUCUUCCCGGUCAUUCACACAAGCCUGGAUCACAGUCACUCAACCAGCCAAGCCUGUCAAUCUUACCCAUGUCAUUCCCCAACCCUGCCAAAACAUGUCACCAAUGUCCAACCCACCAACCAUUCUCUCUUCCAGUCCAUUCCCAACCUGUUCAAACAGUCACCAGUCUCUCGAGCGCGAGCGACAUCUCUCGCCAGUCGAUUUCCCAACCUGUCCAAAACGGUCACCAGCCACCACCCAACCCUGGUCAAAUCUCCCUUCCCAGUCACUCCCAACCAAACAGUCAACAUUCACACCAACGCUGUCAAUUCUCUUACACAGUCAUUACCCAACUGUCAAAACAGUCACCAUUUCACCACCAAGCCUGUCAAAUCUCUGCGAGGUCACUCCCAACCUGCAAACCACUCUCACUGUCCAAUGA